AUGCCGACAGGCUACAUUAAAUUGACGGCGAUAUUACCUAUUCAUCAACCUGUCUCUGCAAGGAUGGGGAUGCCAUCCGGUUUCCCCAUUAGUAAUGUAACACAGCGUGCACCCAAAUGGGCAAUUCGAUGUCCUUGGUCUUGUCAUCUUCCAAGACUCAAGAGCAAGGUUUUCAUGGUCAACAACAAGGUUGGUGAAUUACACCUGAAGCCGGAACAAUGGCCGAAUUAA